AUGAGUGAAUCUCGAAGUUCAACUCAGGAUCCUGAGAAAAGCCGGUCUAUCACACGCGCGCAAAGUGUCAAGGGGGUUGAUACACCAGAGACCAGUCUUGUCAAUAUCUUGGUUGUUUCUACUGCAUGUCUAGGAGGAUUCGUGUAUGGCUUCUCGGCCAACGCCCUCUCUGGCUCUCUCUCACAAACAACCUUCAUCGCAAAGUUUUUGUCGACGCCUGAUGCAACGUCCCGACAAGAUGGUAUGCUUGGAGGUUUCCUCGGAGGUGCCCUAGUUGGGGCUAUCCUGCAGGCACCUUUAUCCAACAAGUCCGGCCGACGAAUUGCCAAUGCUGUUGCCGCCCUCAUUGUCAUUAUCUCAGGUGCUUUGCAGGCCGGGGCGGUCGAUGCUACCAUGUUUAUCGUUGCGCGUGUCAUCUGCGGCGUCGGCGCGGGUAUGGUAUUCUCGAAUACUCCUGUGUAUAUGAGUGAAAUCUCCCCUCCACACACACGGGGGAUGCUGGUUGGUCUGCACGGCGUGGGUACGGUGGUGGCAUAUAUUCUGGCUGCUGUUUGCGCGCUGGCCUUCAGUUUCGUGACUACUCAAAUGCAGUGGCGGUUUAUCUUUAUGGUUCUGACUGCUGUUGGUGUUAUCUACUUGAUGACACUUUACUUUAUUCCCGAGUCUCCUCGAUGGCUCAUGCAACAGGGACGCGAUGAGGAGGCUAAACAAGUAUUGGAGUACCUGCAUCGUACCAAGCGAGACCCUAGAGCUGCUUUUGCUCAUGCUGAAGCGGUCCAGAUUAAGGCUCAGGUCGACGCAGAGAAAAAUACCCCCAGCGGUUAUCUCUAUAUUAUGCGCACCGCGUCUCAUCGCAAGCGCGCUCUCUGCUCUAUUCUAUUGUGGACUAUGGGUCAGGGAACUGGUAUCACUGCCAUCGCAAAUUUGAUCCCCACACUAAUGGGCGCCCUUGGCUUUGGUACCACGAUGCAACUUGGACUUGGCGUUGCCUGGACAGUAUGUGCGGUGAUUGGUUGUGGAAUUAAUGUUUUCCUUCUGGAUAGGGUUGGACGAGUGAAGCUGUUGGUGAUCGGUGGAUUUGGCUCUGCUGCUAUUAUCAGUGUCAUGGCAGCUCUCGAAAAGUUCUACCUCAACACUACCUACACACCUGGCAUCAACGGUGCCGUGGCGAUAUAUUUCAUCUUCGGUGCCUUCUUCACCUCCACCAUUGAAUGUACCGCAUAUGUUUAUGGUUCUGAAAUUUGGCCGACACACCUGCGCAGCGAGGGAGCGACCAUUGCAUUGGUCAGUUUCUUUGGCAAUGCUGUUGCAUACAGUGCGCCUGUUACUCUGGCUCUUACCAAUAUCGGAUGGAAGUUCUAUAUGGUAUUUGUUGCUGUCACCGUUGCAAGUACUAUUAUUAUCAUGUUCUAUUUCUCUGAGACUAUGGGGCUAAGUCUUGAGGAGAUCAAUGGCAAGUUCGGCGACAAAGUCGAGAUGGAGCUUCAGGAUGCGCUUGAUGUUGACGAUACCAACUCGCAAGGCACAGUCUGA